AUGGAAGUUGGUCUUAGACUCCUUCCCUAUAUUAUCAGCUCAAAGAGUAACUCAAAUAUUCUUAUCAAAUCUGCAGUGAAAAAGCCAAACCAAACCAUCUCUAUGGAUUUUUGCUUCCUUAAAACAUGCAAUUUGUGUAAUAAACACCUCAGCCAAGACAAAGAUAUCUACAUGUACAGAGGAGAUCAAGGUUUCUGCAGUAUAGAGUGCAGGAACAGGCAAAUAGUUUUGGAUGAGAUGAAAGAGCUAGAGAUCUCUACUAAAAGAAUGGUAAAAUCUUAUAGGCAAUGUUGUAAUGAGGCACGCAGAGAGACAAGCCUUAUUCUUGAAGACAUUCGAAUGCAAAGACUUAAAUCUAAAGUAUAA